AUGUCCCGCAAAGUGACGCAGGUGUCGGGCAUUCUGGACGUGCAUGUGAUGCAAGCGGAGGGACUAAAGAACGUGUGCUUAUACGGACCCCAGGACGUUUACGUUAAGAUCCUCUGCGGCACGCACGACGACUCGCAGGGCCGCGUCGCGCUGCACACCAAGACCGUGAAAGCCGGCGGCUCGAACCCCAUAUUCAACCAGCGACUACAGGUAGGCGUGCAGGAGCGCCACGUGGAAGUGAAGUGCGAGAUCUGGGCGGCGAGUCACAACCGCGGCACAGCGGACGACCAGCUCAUCGGCUUCGUACACGUGCCCAUCUACAAAGAUUCUUCCGACAAGGCCAAGGGGCAGACUAUCCGCGAGUUCCCCCUCCGCCCAGUAGACGGCGACGCGGGAACAGCCUCCGCGGGAGUCAUCCGCCUUGCGCUCUCCUACCAUCCGCGCCCGUCCUCUUCCGCCGCCGCGUCCUCGUCCCUCCCCAUUCGCGGACCGCCCGGCGGAGGCAUCUUGGGCCGCGCGCUUUCCGCUGCCUUCUGCCGAAUCGCCAGCGACAAAGCCGGCGCGGGGAGCAGCAAAGCGAGCGGAGCGGGCGGAGCGGCGGCGGCGGCAGCGGCGGCGAUUCCCGCAGUGCCGGCAGCGGGGACGGGAGUAGCGGGGGCGCGCGGAGUCGUUGCGGCAGUUGGCGGAAGCAUUAGCGGGUGGGGAGAGGCCAGCGCAGCAGGGGGCGGCGGCUUCGGGGGAAUAGGGGGAGGAGCAAGCGCAGUAAGCGCAGUAGGAGCAGGGGCAGGGGCGCAAGCAGUGGCGCAAGGGCAUUUUCAGGCGCAAGGUUCGGGGCAACCGGCGGCGGCUCUAGAGGCGCAAAGCGCAGCCCGUGGGAGGCAAGUGCAAGGCGGGUCGCGGUUUCCGCAUCUGCAGUCGCAGCAGUCGCAGCAACCGCAGCCGUCGCAGCAGUUGUUGUCCCAGCAGCAAGGAAUCUUAGGGAGCACGCUAGGAGGUUCAGUAUCGUCCGGUCUAGACUUAGUUCAAGCUUUAAGAGCAGUUGCGGAGGUCGAUAGGGCGGGACUCGUAGGCGCGGGCGGAAAGAAGAAGGCCAAAUCCGGACCAAUCAUAUCCGGCGGAAUGGAAGUGUAUGGCGGAGCGGGGAGCGCGGGGAUCGGCGGAACUCUGGCGGCAUCCGCGGGGCUCGGCGGAACGUUCAGCCCCGGGUUCGGCGGAGGCACGGCGGCCGGGGGGGCGAACAGCAGCGCAAGCGCCGGGGGAAUGUUUGGUGGAGGCAUGGGGAGAGGCAUCGGGGGAGGCAUUGGCGGGGGGAGCGCGCACGCGCACGCGUUGGCGCAGCAGCUUCCCCACGGCAAGCCCAAGUCGAAGUCCGGACCGCUGCAGCACGUGGCGGAAGGGGGCUUGGCGGGGGGAGGCAUGGGAAGAAGCGGCCCCGCGACGAGCUGGGUAGGUCUGGGGGGAAGCGGGGGGGGCGCAGGCGUAGGCGCGGGCGCGGGGGAGCUGCUGGCGGGCGCGUUUGGCGGAGGGGGGAUCUUCGAAGGGGUGGCGGAAGGGGCGUGGGGAUCGGACGCGUCUGUUCUCUCCGCGAUUCUGCUGCGCGACGGGCUGCUUCCGCCGAGCGCGGUGGGGCUGGCGCAACAAGCGGCGGAGGGAUGCGGAACGGCCGGCGGCGGCGCAUCUGGCGGGGGAGCGGGAAGGGGAGGGGGGAGAAGAGAAGGGUCGCUGGGGGCGAAUCCGCUGCCCGCGCGCUUCGCAGGGCUGUGCAGUGUGGGGGAAGGGGAAGGAGCAGGGGGGGAAGCGGGAAUGGCAGGCGAAAGUGGUGGGGGUCCGGUAGCAAGUAGCAGAGGUGGCUUGAGUGGAACAGCAGCGUCAGGCGGAGGAGGAGGAGGAGGGGGGAAGGUAACUGGAGGUGGGAGUGCCGCCCCUCGCGUUCCUCCCCUGUCGGCUGUUGCUGCAGCCGCGUCUGGCGCUGCUGCUGCUGGUUCUUCUAUGCGCUCGCAGCAGCACCGGCAGCAGCAUCACCACAGAGAGCAGCAGCAGCAGCAGCAGCAGCAGCAGCAGCACCAUCAUCAUCACCAUCACCAUCAGGACGGUGUUACUGCUGCUGCUGCUGCUGCUGCUGCUGUUCCAGCUGCAAGCUCGGGCAUGGGCCCCAGCGUCCUAUCUGGCAUACCGCCUGGGAUUCCGCCUGGCAUGGGCGGCCACAGCCAGCUCUCCCCGGAGCUGCUCACUCUGUGGGAAACACCUGACGCUGUAGCCAUGGAAGCUGCCUGGUCGCCCCCCCACGGCCCCUGGCAGGGAGUGUACCAUCAUACCUCCUCUCUAGCCGGCGCUGCUUCCCCCACUGGCAGCGCGGGCGGCGCGGGAGGAAUGGAAGGAGGGGGGAGGGGGAGGGAUGACGGGGAGGGGAGCGAGCAGAGCGCGGAGGAGGUUUCGUCCACGCAGAAGCGGACGUGUGGCGCGGACGGGGGCGCGGGGGAGGCGGGGAGGGUGGGGAUGGGGGAGGAGUGCUGCGCGGAUGGCGGGUUUGGGGGGGAAUGCGGGGGGUGCGGGGGAGGCGGGGUAACCGGGGGAGGGGGUGGGGGAGGGGGGGGGGACGAGUGCAGCAUGCAUAGAGCUUGUGGGGGUGGGGGAGGGGGAGGGGGAGGGGGAGGGGGAGGGGGAGGGGGAGGCGGAGGGGGAGGGGGAGGGAGAGGGAUGGGGCGUGGCGGUGUGGUGGUGGAGGGGUCGUUCUUUGAGACGUGCUCCCCGGACCGGUUCCUGCAGUCGCCCCCGCGGGGCAUGGGGGGAGCAGGAGCAGCAGGCAUGGAGGAGGGCGAAGGGGACUGCCACAUGGGUGGCGGUGGCGCUGCUGGUGGCGGCGGUGGUGGUGGUGGUGGCGGCGGUGGUGUUGCCGGUGGCGGUGAUGGUGGUGUGCAAGAGAGGACGAGUGGACGACGAUCCAAGACGGGAGGGAGAGGGAGAGGGGGAGGGGUAGGGGGAGGAGUGGGUGGUGCUGGGGAGUGGAAGGUGGCGGAGAGCAGAGGUGAGGGCGGGAGGCUGUUUCGCAUGGCCAUGCCCGAUGGGUUUGACACGGAGGGAUGGGGCUCUGUGGAUGAUAUGGAUGUGUCCGGGGCUGAUGGGGUUGGGGAAGGGGAAGGGGAAGGUGGUGAGGGUGAGGGGAUUGAGGUGGAGGGGGAGGAGAGGGGAGGGGUGUAUGGGGAGGGUGGGCAUUUGCUUGUGUAUGUGAGCUCGGAUGCCAGUGCUGAUGGUGGCGUGUAUCAGAGACACACACAGCAGCAGCAGCAGCAGCAGCAGCAGCAGGCACACGCACAAGUGGGGGCAGCAGCAGCAGGGGGGGUGUCCUCCCCAGCGCUACCACCAGCGCCAGCGCCCACGCCCAUGCCUCGUCGCGCUUCGCCUCUGUGCUUCAGCCCAUGUGGACGGAUAAUGAUGGCUUUGAUGGGGAUGGGGACGUGCUAUGGGGAGGUGGAGGAGGGUGUGCGGGAGGUGGGGGAGGGAUGGGUGGAGGACGAGGAGGUGGGAGGUUGGAAAGCGGGCGAGGUGGGGGGUUGGUGA